ACACACACACACACACACACACACACACAAGUAAUGGCACUGGAUAAAUAAUGUAGCCUAAUGCUACUGUAAGAGGCAGCAGCAGCACAUGAAGUACCAGUCUGUCUCCGACACUCCUUAACCCUGUGUGCGCACACACACACAUACACACAGUAUAAAACAACUCUGAAUGGAUGGAUGGCACAUGAGUCAUAAAUCAGCAAACCAUGUCUCUGUCUGUCUCGUCUUUUUAUAUUGAUGAGAGUCUCUAGUUUUAGCCACAAUUUGUGAUAAACAGCAUCUACCUGCAGCACAUUUUUACCGAUUCAAACUGCGAGCCUCACCUUAUUUUUAGUCGGUAUUCUUAUGCGGGAAAGGAAGCCGGUGAAGUUCCCCCGUGUGAACCUUAUGAGUCAUCAACUAGGCCAAAAACAGUAUAAUAGACGGUAAACUAAGAUUCAGGAAGUGGUGUCUAUGCAGUUUCAUAUCGCCACAUGUUACACAACAUCGUUUACCAAGCUUCCAUUUUUAUCUACUAUUUUUUGUAAGAAAUUGUUUUAACCAUAAACUCUAAUCCAGAUAUAUUCCAGCUAUACAGUAUGCAAACAAUCAUAUGUGACUUGACAAUGUAGAUUCUUUAAACAGAGACUCCUCUGGUCCAGACUAAAAUAUCUCAACUAUUUGAUGUAUUGCUACAAAAUACAGACAGUCAUGCUCCCACCAGAAUAAAUUGUAAUAAAUGUGUUUAUUACCCAACUUCUCUAUGCCAUCCAUCAUUGAUUGAAAUUGCAUUAUGUCCACUACUUUGGUUUAUGCCCAAAUGCCUAUAAAGCUGACUACAGUCAUCUUUAGCUGUACUGCUAAUUAACAAAUGUUGACAUGCUAACACGCUAAACUAAGAUGGUGAUCAUAGCAAACAUACAUUAAACAAAAACGGCAUGUUAGCAUUAUCAUUUUGAGCAUGUUGUAUUUAAAUCAAAGCACCACUGUACAGCCUCACAGAGCCACUAGGGUGGGUGAAGAGAUUUCUUUUUUUAUGUUUUUUCUGCAACAUUUUACUGUUGGUAUACAACUUGUAGAAUAUUCCACAAUCAGGACUGUAGGAGGGGUAAUCUGAUUACCAGGUACUGUACUGUGAUUAUCACUAUGGAUGUGCGGUCAGCUACAAUGAGACACUAGAAGAUUCCACUACUGUUUUUUAUCCAAACACGAACAUGUAUUAUCACCAUACUCUACAUUUAAUACAUAGGGAGCAAAUAUCUUGCCAGCCUAUAACUGACAAGAAUUAACACAAUGUACAAUCAUUCUGACUUAACAUAACUCAAGCAUCAAGGUACCGCAAACACAAAUAGGCAUAAAAGCAAGGAAACUCACAUUCUCAAUCCGACAAACAAGUGUUUGGUUCUGCUGCAGGUAGUGCAAAGGUCUCACACCUGAACUCAAUCCUGUGUAUAUAUAGGCUGUGAUCAAGCCGCGCUCCUCCCACUUCAUGCUCCUCCUCAGACAGCUCCCCCUGCAGACCUGCUCUUCACAACACCACCAUGGUGUAUGUACUGCAGCCAUUCAACUCAUUUUAUGAGGGAAUAAAAUCUUUCUUUAUAACUGAUUGGAUACUAAACAUAUCCAAUUUAAUGUUCAUAUUUCCAUAGAAUUGAAGGCAUGGUCUUCAUUGUUUAGAAUUCAGGCCCAUGCCUCAACGUUUAAUUUUGUACACAAUUCACACGUGAAUUUUACAAGCUGUGAUGAUAAAAAACAUCGAGCCAGGUGUGUGGCUCGCAAAUAUAGCAACUGAAUUAAAUUAAACAAAUUGAUUUAGCAAGGAGCCCUGUUGACCAGCUUUGUCUCAGUGGAAUUUACCAGGUUUUAAAUCCCACCAAUGAUAUUGUAAACAACAGCGUCUCCCUCUUCUCCAGUGGGAUUAUGCAGACGUGACUGAAUGAGACUCUGUGGGAUCAGUACUCGACAUAUUCACAAGCAGGCUCCAGAGACAGAGACUCCUUUUGCUAAUUUCAGUCAGAAGCCAAGGACUCCAAAAGAAAAAAAAAGUGCAGAUUUUUGUCACUUUCGAUCACAAAUGAAAUCUAAUAAGUCUAAUAAAUACUUUGGAUCAACAAUGUGUGAUCUUAGUCUGGGCUCAAUUGUUGAAAUACAUAGAGAGCUACAAGUCAUUCACUCCAACCUCGACAUAUAAUAAACCAGAUCAUCUGAAAUAAAGAUAGUUAUCCAUCAACAUUAAGCACCAACAACAGCCAUUAAAAUGAGUGCAAAAAGUUACAAAAAUAAUUGUGAUUUUAGAGUGCCAGAUUUUGUGCAGCUAAAUUAUGAUUGGAUACUGAAGGCUGAUAAAAUAUGGUUACUCAGUACAACAAUAACCUGGCAUUAAAUUACCUCUAACAGAGGUAGUCUCAUUGUAACUAAAAAAGGAGGCGAUACGAAGAGCUUUGAUCCCAUUCUGUUACAUAAAAAGUGCUUUGUUCAGUUUGUUCUCAACCUUGGCUCUCAGUGAUUAGCUCCCAUUGAUCCAAAUGGCUCUGUGACCCAAUAGCAUAAAAUGUGUUUGGAGGCCUGGUGUGUGACAAAGUACAAUACUGAGCCUAAAUUAGGUUUCCCACCAGCAGCCAAUUUAACGCUCGGAAAUUACUUACAGGAGAUGUUUUUGAGGGACACGGCCUGGCUCGACCAGGCCAAUCUGUCAUAAAAGCAUUAUGGGUUUUUUUCUAUGGUUUGUAAUGACCUACACAUUGCCUCAUACCAGGCCUGCUCAAAGCGGCGUUGCGCAAAGCUGGUUUUGUAGUAGACCCUUUGGCAAAACUGUACUCACAAAUAAAGCAGCUCAGGAGAGCAGUGUCACUACGGAGAUUUAGACGGCUGCAAACAUUUGGGUGAAUUUCAUUGAGCCCAUCUGGCCUGUUUGAAAGUGUUGCUGAGUCUAAGAGAGGCAGUCAGGCGGUAUAAUAGAGAGCGUGAUGGAUGCAGGGGGAGGGGAGAAGAUGAGAGUGCAGAUUUGGGGAGGGAUAGGAGCUCUUUUCCGGCAGAGUUGAAUCUCAGGCUUGGCUGCGGCACAGUGCUCUGCCUGUUUUCAUACGAAGCACUCGGCUCUGGCUCCUAACCAGCAUCGACCAGCGAAAUGCUUCUGAACCCCGCAUCCCACCCGCACACUCUCUUUCUCUCCCUGACAUUUUGGGUCCCCCCUCUCUUCCCCCUCUUCAUCUUUCUGACUCUCAUUCCCAACUUCCUUCCUUUCACCUUUCACUCGUUCUUUUAGAUUUUUCUUACCUUCACUCUCUUUUUAUUCCCCCCCAGUUUGAACCCCCCCAAGCCUUCCGGUAGCACAGAGAGGUGUGGGUCAGGGCCAGAGCCUCCAGGUUUCUAUAGUGAUACUUUGUAUCCUGAUGUCAUUAGUAUUGACGGUGUGCAGCUAGGCCAAGCUGUCCUGGCACAGGGGCUGUUUACUGUUUACCUCAAACUUAAACCAUUCACUGUGAGAUUUUUGUGUGUGUGGGUGUGUGUGUGUGUGUGUGUGACAUCAGAAUUCAGUCUGUCUAAUUGUUCUAUUUCACAUUCAGAUAGGGAGGGAUAACGAUGACUAGGCAACAGGUAGAAAAACAAAAGUUGUUAAUUUGUGAUUUGUCUGAUGAAAAAGCUCUCGGUGUGAAGCGCCGUGGUGCGGUUCCAGGAGCUGGAAUUGCACCAGGGAGAAGCUUGGCAAGAUGGAAAUGGCUGUUUCAUGAAGAAACAUCCCCUCUGUCUGCUUGCUCACUGUAUGAUUACUGAAGCGCGUCUGUAGAGCACAACUCCCAGCACGACUCGCUCCUCGUUUUUUUCUGGCUGCUUCACUGCCCUCGUCCGUCUGAGAUGGGCGCCUCCUUAGCGCCACUCCCCUCGGAAAUGUACAUGUGUUCAUCUGCUCGCUCUUGUGCCCACGUGUACGACGUCAUACGUCUGCUCCCACAUCUCCACUUCCCAUAGAUUACUGCAGGCCGUCAUCUGGCAGGUUGUUGCCGGUGUAAUUAGUUCUGCUCGGUGUCUUAGGCCAGGGGUGGACAAAAUAUGGAUCCCCAUAUUGAUGCUGUCACAUCACAUGCAGGGAGAGCACAUCUACAAUGCUCACUCAGGACACAUGCACAGCUUGUUCCCGCAUACAUAAAUAAAAAGCUUCCGCAUCCUCCUCUGGUGGUCCUUCAUGUAUGAUAUAAUAGCUAAAGAUUGUCUUGGGAUGCAGAAAAAACUGUUGAUGCAUUGAUUGAAAUGUGAACUGAGCCUUGUCCUUACACACACACACACACACAGAAUGGUUUAUUUUUGGGGACAUUCCAUGAGAGUCCAACCAAAAACCAGAAAGCAGAUACAAUAUUACAGCUGAUAUUUGUUUAUCUCAGAUAAAUCAGAUACGUACAGUUGUAGCCCUUUAAGGUUUUAGAGAGAGGAGGGCAAAGACGUGUAACAAGGGUUCCCAAGCUCUUACUAUUGCAUAUCCACACUGGCAUCUGCCUCAAAAGCCCAGUGUUUUUGCAGUUCUAUACGUUGCCUUGCCUUUGAUUUGAUUGAUUUAUUCCCUGGAGUUUUCCAAAUAUGCCUAAAAUGUGAUUUUAAUCUAAUCCCAACAAAGUCAGGAACCAUGACAGCUUGUGAGUAGUUCUGUAAGUUUGACCGGCUGACAACUAGCUCCUGGCCAAGGUUAACACAUGUUUUUCAUGCGUCAUACACAGAACGUUGAUCAUAUUACCCAGGUUCAAACAUGUAAUAUUCCAUUUUGCCAGAUGGUGGUGCUCUAAGAUCAUCACUUUUAAAGCUGAAGGGAGGUUCAUGUCAGUACGCUCAAUUUCAUUUACUCUAUGUGUAUGUAUCUAUGUGUAUGUAACGCAUAGAUACAUAAAGGGGAUUUACUUUAUACUACACAUCUGUAUAUUUCAUAAUGUAGAUGGUAUGAGAUUAGAUCCCAUUAAGACUUUAUAAUGCAUGUUAUUUCAGUGUUUCAUAUUACCUGUGUAUCAUCUCACAGCACGAUUAACACAUAGGUGGAUAGAUCACUUUUGCAGUCUCCUCACACAUGUCAGAAAUGGCAAGUCCCUGAGGCUACUUUGCAACAGAUAUCCCUCAUGCCAGAUCAAUACAUUGAGCAAUAAAAAUGAAGCCCUGUUCAAAUGAGAAACUGUCUGGGUGAGCUAAGUGACAUGUCCCUAUUAAAACAAGUUGCAUGAUUUUAUCAUCACAGUGGUAGAGUCUGAUCCCACCUUAAGCUCUUCUUCAAAUGUGUGUGUGUGUGUGUGUGUGUGUUUAGUUGAAUAGCGUGGAUGGACAGCUUGCCACCCAACAGUCUAUCUGUGAUCCAUGCUGGCAGCUGCUCUGCAAAAUGGGAUUUUCCUGGAGAUUACAGCCUUUAAGUGUGACACGCUUGCAAGUGUUUGUCUUUGUUGUUGACGGAGUGCGUGUGAGGACUAUUGUAAUAAAGCUGUGUGUGCUUGUGUUUAAGUGUGUUUGUCUUGAGCCGAGGUGCCCAGAGAGCAUGUUCGGUUGGAACAUGACUGAACUCCCUCUGGCACGCUGUACGCAGGAAAAGGGAGUGGACAUGUUCAGAAGUGUGGUCAGAUCCACACUGCUGCUGUUCUCAUUAGCACCAUCAACCCUCGUUGAAUAGAUCUAUCUUGUGGAUAUAGCUAGAGUCUAUGGAUGGUGGAGGACAAGAUGAUUUUACUGUUCAAUAUAUACAUUUUGUAUUGAAUUGCAUUUGAAAGCCAUGGUCAUGGUUCAUGACCAAAAUACCUGCAAAUCUAAUGACAUGUCCAUCAGCCUCAUCUGUGCUUUGUGUGCUAAUUAGUAAAUGUUAGCAUGCUGACAUGAUAUCUGUAAAAACAUCAGCAUGUCAUAAUUUCAUUGUGAGCAUGUUGGCGUUAGCAUUUAGCUCCAAGUGCACAAAAUCUGCAGUCUCCAUGGAUUUUAUCAUUUUAAUUCAGUCUAGAGUCAUAUAAUAUGUAGCUAAUACGAAAUAUUUAAAGGGAAAAUUAAUAAAAAUCCUUAAAAUUUCCACUGUGCUUUUACAAUCAUUUCUGACAGUAUAUACAAAUAAAGACAAUGUCGUGUCUCACCAAGCAUCAUGUUUGAAUUGAUAACGUGACUUUUGGAAUUGGUCCACUUCCUGACACUGAUAGAAACAUUAAAUGAGUUUUUGUUUGAGAUAAGACAAUUAAAUUAGUUUUAUUUAAAUGUAGGGCUUAUAGAUAUGGACUGUAAAAGCUGCUAUGGAUGCUUAUGGGUGCUGUUAUCAUAAGAGUUUUCCCAUUAUUUUAUUCAAUCUUUCUGCAGUCUAUGAAGCAGUUAAGACUGAGCUAUGCUAUAUUGUAAAUUAUUAGUAACAUUUGUUGGGGUGGAUUUUCCCUUUAACCCAUUUUCUGUUUGCCUCAGCGUCUGCUCUGUGAAGAGCUGUCCGCGGUCCUGAACAUAAGCUGUGCACGGAUCCCUGGUCAUGUAUGGGGAGGUGGCUUUGUAGUCGCUCACUAACCUGCUUAACCUACUUUCUUCCUCCUGGUCUUUCGUCUGUCCACAGAGAGGAAAGUGCUGUAGGACAAAUACGGCAUACUUCACAACACACACAGUGUCCGUCCAAGCUUUCCAAGCAGCACGGACGGUACCAUGCUUUGUUGUAUUUCAGUAUCCUUACCCUUAAUGCAUCGCUGAUCAUUUCGCCAAUGAAAUCCAGCUUCACUCCGAACAUGAGCUCCUCAUGUUCGGCCCAUUAACCCAACUGGUAGAAAACGUGUCGGGACGCGCUUGAACCUUCAUUGAGAUGAAUAUGACCAAAAUAAUGACAUUUUAAGAUCUUAAUUGUCCAAUUAUGUUGACAGCUGUUGUGCUGCAUUGCAAUGCCAGUUCAAUUGCAGUUUCCUAGCAACCAGAGAGGUACAAUGCAAUGCUUUUCUGCUAAGUGGCAUCAUUUCCUCUCAGCGAGAUGAGACUGUAUAUUCACAAAACAAAUCUAAAUCCGCCAUGUGUGCAUGCUUCUUCACCUUUUAUGCUAAUAUUUCCGACGCUUUAUUGCUAACACUGUAAUACAGCAGAAACAAUCGCAAGUGUGUGUGGUUCGUGAUAGGGCGCCCGCUUAUAUAGACAUCCAUAUGUGUCGUUGGUAUACCCUCGAGGUGUGUCAGUGCCUAAUAAAAUAGCCGUGUUUCUGCAAACAAAAUCAUUUCAGUUGAUUAAUGUUCAUCCAAGAUGCUCCGUCCUGAGCUAAUCAUUGUACAUGCAUUCUUUUCAAUUAAUUAAUUAUCAAGGGAGGUAGAGAGAGGGGGAAGGCUGGGGGAGGGGAAAGGAGAGUCAGGGGGAAACAGAAAAUCCAAUCCUGCUGGUCUGACGUCUCCGAGCAAUGGAGCAUUAGUCUCAUCCUGAUGUAAUCGGAAUGACAAUAAGAGUAAAGCCCGCUGAUUUCGGGACAGCCUCUAGGCUUGAUUUAAUGCCCCCUUCCAAAACUAUACAGCCAUCUUUUUAUCUUUCUCUCCUUACCCUCUCGCAGGCCCCUCCGCUCUCUUCUGUGUUCCUCCCCCACCCCCGCGCUCCGCAUUCACCAGCCACUGCCAUGCAUCUCCAUCUGUACUCUAUUAACAGAACAGUAGCUGCAUUUUACAAUAUUUCAAGCCAGAAGGUUAUAAACUCUCACAGAGUGUGUAUUUCUUAAGCAUUUUACUUACUCCGUAUGGCAUUCACACACUUCAAUGGAUGUGUUUUACUCUCACAGAGGUUAUGUUUUAUUACUGAAUUAAUAUCUCCAGAGAGGAGAGUGCAAAAGAAAGGGCAGACUAAGCAGGUGUAUCCAGGCCAGGGUGCUGCAUCCCCGGGGUUUGCUGCUGCUCAGUCCCCUGACAGAUGGACGGCCAGGGCAAUCCUAUUACCCCCAUGUGUUUAGCUCCUCUUAAUGCCAGGGUGGGUUGCAUGGCUAAUGGAAUGAGAAUCUCAUUCUGCUGAAUGAUCCCCAUUUUUUUUAAUAACUGAGGAGAUCUAAAAGCUGUGGUCAGGCAGUGAAAAUUACAACCAUGAUGACUUUUGUAGCUCAGCCAGCUUGUCUCACUGAGGGAUGUAAUAUUAAGUCAGCUCAGCCACUAAUUAGGCUUUACUGUUGAUAUUUCACAUGGGGAUUUCAUCCGUCCUUGUCCAGCAAAGAUGAAGAAAGUGACUUUUUAAAAGUCACUAGCUUCAACAAUCUGGACUCAAAUUGAGUUGAAAUACCUUUUUCAUAAAACGUAUUAUAUCACAGCACAGUAUCACACAACUCACAUGCCAUACUGUGGCAUUUAUGAGUACCCUGACCUGUCCUGAAGAUAGUAAUAUAUGUCAUUGCCAGACUGAGACAUUUAGUGACUUACAAUAAACCUGGAAAUAAAGGGAGCUAAAGACAGCUUUCGAUUGAAUCUGAAGACAAAUAGCGGGAAUGCUUUAUUUAUGACAGUAUGGAUUAUUUAGCCAUGCAAGCAGCUCUAUGAAUGGCAAUAUUGGUUGGUUCGUCGAUCCACCACUUUUGAAUGGAUUGGCAUGAGAUUGUGCACAAACAUUCUUGGUCCCCAGAGGAUACUGACUUGUUUAAAGUUUAUGACCAAAUACCUACUAAUGUACUCUGUUGUUUAGUGCUAAUAAUAUAAGAUUACAUUUCCACAUACCCCUAGUCCUACCCAUAGACACUGUCAAACAUGCUACAGAAGACGUACCAUAUAUGUUUAUGGUCUAUUUGUUUCUGGAAAACAAUUGAAAAUCAAAACAUUACAAAACAUAUCUUUUUGGGCAAAUUUAGUAGAAUCUCUCGUGUUCAAUGGUAUCUGAUAAAAUAUCAGGGUCUGAUUUGCGUAACAAAUGUGAUUAUUUAACUGUUUAACUGUUCCAUUAGUUAUACCAUAUGCAUCUCAAAAUAUGAUUAAGUAUAUGGCUCUUAAAUAGAUAUUGUAUUGAUUUAUCUUUAUCUCAUAUUUGUUGGAUUAACUGGAGGAAAAUAAUCAAUAUUUUAACCUAUUUAAACCAGACAUUUUCCCGCGGUCAAUACAGCCAAUGACUGCAAUCUCGAACUAUAAUGGAAAUGCAGUGAAGGUGGAGUACAACAUGUGCUGUGUGGUCAAAUAUCUAUACCCAUGUGUACAUGUGUGUGCGUGUAUGCUGCUUGGUAUGCAGACAGCGUCUUUGCUGCCUGUAGCCCCACAACGGCAUCCCCAGGUCAAGCAAUUACCACACAUCAAGCAAAGCAAUUGGGCAUGACUAAAAUAUCAUUGCCAUGUGAUCGUGUCCCUAUGUUUGGGCUGCUAGAGACUAAUGUAACCCACUUUGUCCAUACGAUCGAGGAGAAUUGAGGACACGCUCUCCAAUUCCGGUGGCCCCCCGAGCAUUUACUGCAAGCCCGACACUCAGCAGCUGGGCUGUAGACGCGCCGUGACUGGUCUCCUACCCAGCGGAGUGAGAGACGGGGUGUAAUGAGCAAGAGAAGUGAGGUAGUAGAGGAGUACAAGUGGCAGGAGGAAGAGGAAGGGAGCAUUAAAUGAGCCAUAGGUUGCAGAAACUUGAGGCAUUUCGAGUGAGGGAUCUCAGACUAUGCCUGUAUCGACUCACUUGCAAGGUCACGUGGAUCGAUUUGAGAGUGAGUGGUUUUCCGGUCACGGUUGUUUCUCCGAGAUGCUUUCCAUAGGUACAGUAUAUGAGCCAGGGUGGUCACAUUUGGACUUGGCAGGAAAGAGGGGGGGAGAGAAGUGGAAGGGGUUAAGGGGAGAGGAGAUUGGCAUAUAUGCACAGGGAAUGGGACAGAGGCAGUGAGGGAGACGGCGAUUGAUCCCAGGCUCUAGCUCCGAGCAGCAUUUGCCACUUAUUCCCUCAUUAUACAGUCAAAUAUCUCGGUGCCUUUAGCUGCCGCCCCGGCUCUUCAUCUCUCUGUCUCUCCGCCUCAUAUUUCCCCCCACGCCUCCCAACAAAAUCUGACGAAUCUGAGCCUUUCAUCCAUGCGACUUCAUUCUACUAGAUCCAUUGUUUUCACUGAUUUCAUUUAAAUUUCAUCCGGUCUUGCUGCUCAGCUGAAACUUAGUCUUUUGCGGAAGAGGAACGCUCUGUGCUUCUUUUGUCCUUGUAAAGCCUGUUUAAAUAUUGAUAGAGAUGUGAAGCACCACUGACCACUCGGUCAGAUCUGAGAGGGUCAAGGAUGGCAGAGUUUCCCUGUAGAUUUCAUUAAGGGGGCAGAGGACUGUAAAUAUGGAAGCAUGUGAAUCACAGGCCCUCGCAGACGCUCGAGCAACCUUCAUUAUCCCACUGCAUGGAUACCGCACUGUAAUGUAUUCCGAUGGAGAUGGAGGUUGGGGGGUGAUGGGGUGUAAAAUAGCAUGUGUAGGAAGGCCCUGUUUUUCAGCUACGAGCAGCCUGCCGCCCUCACAGCCAGAUACCCAUUAGUGCAGGAGCAGAGGAUUGGAUGUGAAAAUGGUCCCAUGGAUUAGAGAGCUAAUGCAUUUAGGAGAGGGGGCUUCACAAUCUCUUUAUUGCCGCUGCUGUGUGCGUGUGUGUGUGUGUGUGUGUGUAUGUGUGUGUCUGUGUGUUGAGGCUCGUGCAGGGGAGAUACCCUGUCCCUUUGUGGACCCUGAGAGAUUUAGGGUAAAGUGAGUAGAUAAGGGCAGGGAUGCACUGCGCGCACAGCCACACAGAUGCAACGCACACACACACACACACACACACACACACACACAUACACACACUCGUCAAAGCUUACGGCUUGACCAGAAGAAGGCUUGUUGUGUGUGCUGUUAAUAAAACUCAGCAUGGAAAUGAGAUCUUUCCAGUAAGAGGCGCAGACGGCGGCCCUGCUAAUCUAAUUAAUCAGCGUCUGGGAUUUCUCAUUUUCUUCUGCCCUCGUUUCUGUCCCUCGUUGUUGCUCACCAGGCUUCUCCCUUACACAACUCAUCCUCUUCGCCUCUCUCCUUUGUGUCCCUCUCUGCCCGGAUUUCUCUGAAUCCGAACUUCACGCCCCAAUCUCAAGCGUUGGGGCAGAAAUGUGCCACAUCAUGCGCUUCCUAAAACCCAUCUUAUAAAGCCUCUGAUGUCCUCUCUCUACCCGUUAGCGGCUGCUCUUUGGGAGGCACAUAGAAAGUAUGGGCCCAGUGCUCAAUCUGCUGGCUGCGAGGAUGUAUGGAUGCCUCUGCAGCAGGAUGGAGGGAUGGUGAUCUACCGGGCUUAAGGGGCAACCUGCUACCAGACCAGAAGGAAGCUGUCGGCUUUACAAGCACCAAACCUUUUAGGUGGUAAUCAAGCUGUGAGCGAGCAGAACAUGAACUCUUCCUCUGUGUUUGUGGUUCGAGAGAGCGUCACAUUUGCUGCUUGUGCUUUUUAAAGAGCCAGCCGCCAGGCAGCAUGGGAGGGGCCCUCAAUCGCUGAAGCACAGCAGCAGAAGCAGCACAGUGGGUAACUACAGUACAGCUCUCUGCUCUGCGCACUGUGAGUCAGCUGAGCUGCCGGGAUCACAACCGCCGAUGAAUGAAUGACUGGGGAAGAGAGAGAGAGAGAGAGGAGACCCUGCAGUGUUUGGAUACUGGAGAAGGCGAACAGUGCUACACUCUGGGGACGAUGUGCGGAGCUGAGAGGCUGACAUGGAAAUAGUGAAGUGAUCGGAGCAAGCUUGUUGACGCAUAAUCCCGCCCGCCCCGCUGGCGCUGGGAGGGGGCAAACCCUUCCUAAACUCAAAUCCUCCACAAGAGAUUUACGAAGUGCGCUGCUGCUGCGGGUUCAGCCACCAUCAGGACAUUUCUUUUUUUCUCUUUGACCAUGUUGUGUAGUGAAAAUCAGCAUAGUUUUAAUAUUUUGGGGAGAUGGAUAUGUCUCUGAAGCAGGGGACCUAAUGCGCUAUCGUUAUUAGAGUAUUAAAUCCACUGCUGGAAUCGGCACUGUCACUGCGCCGCGGACGGUGGGCGGUUGGAUGCGCCCUGAGUUGUGCACAGGACCUGCCCGUACAUCAUCAUCAUCAUCAUCACCAUCACAGGUAUUUGAUCGUGACUGUGUUGAUUACACCGGAGAUCUGGAGCCAUGACAGGCCCCCCGCUGGUCCGACAGCCCGCCUGCUGACGGUACCGGGCAGGAUGGGAUCAGGUCUGCCGCUUUCAGGAUCCCGAACGAGCCGAUUUAUCAAUGGAGGAGGAGAGUGACACCCGGAAAAUCAACAACAGCUUCCUUCGCGACCACAACUAUGCAACCGAAGCUGACAUUAUCUCAACGGUUGAGUUUAACUCAUCGGGGGAGCUGUUGGCCACCGGGGAUAAAGGAGGCAGAGUGGUUGUCUUCCAGAGGGAGCAGGAGAGUAAGAGCCAGCCCCAGCGUCGAGGGGAGUACAAUGUUUACAGCACAUUCCAGAGCCACGAGCCAGAGUUUGACUACCUGAAGAGUUUGGAGAUUGAGGAGAAGAUCAACAAGAUCAAAUGGCUUCCUCAGCAGAACGCCGCCUACUUCCUGCUCUCCACCAACGACAAGACAGUGAAGCUGUGGAAAAUCAGCGAGAGAGACAAGCGUCCGGAGGGCUACAACCUGAAGGAUGACGAUGGACGGAUCAGAGACCCAUCGACAAUCACCUCGCUACGGGUGCCGGUGCUGCAGCCAAUGGACUUGAUGGUUGAGGCUACAGCCCGGCGUGUAUUCAGCAAUGCUCACACUUACCACAUCAACUCCAUCUCUGUCAACUCCGACCUUCAGACAUACAUCUCCACCGACGACCUCAGGGUGAACCUGUGGAACCUGGAGAUCACCGAUCGCAGCUUCAACAUUGUGGACAUCAAGCCAGCCAACAUGGAGGAGCUGACGGAGGUGAUCACCUCAGCAGAGUUUCAUCCCCAGCAGUGUCACACCUUUGCCUACAGCAGCAGCAAGGGCUCAAUACGCCUCUGUGACAUGAGAGAGGCCGCGCUCUGCGACAAACACUGCAAAUACUUUGAGGAGCCAGAGGAUCCCUCCACUCGCUCCUUUUUCUCUGAAAUCAUCUCAUCCAUCUCUGACGUGAAGUUCAGCCACAACGGGCGCUACCUGAUGACAAGAGACUACCUCACUGUCAAGGUGUGGGACCUUCAAAUGGAGAACAAACCACUGGAGACGUACCAGGUGCAUGACUAUUUACGAGGCAAACUCUGUUCUCUGUAUGAGAAUGACUGCAUCUUUGACAAGUUUGAGUGUGUCUGGAACGGAUCAGACAGCGUCAUAAUGACCGGCUCCUAUAACAAUUUCUUCCGAAUGUUUGACCGGAACACUAAACGUGACGUCACACUGGAGGCGUCCAGGGAGAACAGCAAACCCAGAGCAAUUCUGAAGCCUCGCAAGGUGUGUGUCGGUGGGAAGCGUCGUAAGGAUGAGAUCAGUGUAGACAGCCUAGACUUCAGCAAGAAGAUCCUUCACACUACAUGGCACCCCCAUGAGAACAUCAUCGCAGUAGCGGCCACCAACAACCUCUACAUCUUCCAAGACAAGGUCAACUAAAGAGCAGUCUGCCCCUGCUGACCCCCGGCUGGGUUGGAGAAAGAGGGAUGGAGCCCUUACAUACAUCCUUCUCCUCUCCCUAUGUCUUGAAUUUUGCCGCUCUGCUGAAGAACAGUAGAGAUAAUUAUCCAGUGACAGAAAUUGCGGACGGUCUGAAUUUUGGGAAGUGGGGAAAUUGAUACAACCUGGAUAUAGCGUGAGGAAAACGGCUCCUCAGAAAUUCGAGAAUGGACUUUCAUUCUUCAAUUUGACUUCUAAUUUAAUUUAUUUAGCCGUGCGGACACCUGGAGAAGUGAAUCCCGUGCAUUAAUGCAACGAGAGGAUUGCUGCACGAAUGACACGAUGUAGCAGCCCUCCGGACCCCGGAGAAAGGGGUUGGAUGUGGGUACACUGAACAUUAAGCAGAGCACACCGACAGAAACCUAGCUUACAUGACGGUGGCUCGUUGUCAUGUAGCAACAGUGCCCCCUCUCUUUCAACCUGCUCAUGCUACAGUGCAUGUGAUCAACCCUGCGUUUUGGACAGUGCAACCUGCUGCAGAGUUCCUACAAAAGAGACUGUUAAUGUCUGACCCCAGAAACUGAGUUGUGAGCUGUGACACACAACAUGGUCAGUCUUUCAAGUACCAAUUCUGUGUCUCCCUGGUGAGACUGCUGUAGUCUGUAAUGUGAAUGAAGCCCUUCUGGGCCAUGUCAAUGGUUUUAUUUAACGCUGUUGUUUUAUUGAGUCCUUCGCUCGGUCAAUGAGUCUGUCUAGAAGCUGUGGUGCCUUCUUUUGGUAUGUGGGGGUUU